AUGGAUACCACAAUGCUGAAUAUGCGGAAUCUGUUUGAGCAGCUUGUACGCCGGGUGGAGAUUCUCAGUGAAGGAAAUGAACUCCAAUUUAUCCAGUUGGCAAAGGACUUUGAAGAUUUUCGUAAAAAGUGGCAGAGAACAGACCACGAGCUGGGCAAAUACAAGGAUCUUUUGAUGAAAGCAGAGACUGAGCGUAGUGCUCUGGAUGUUAAACUGAAACAUGCGCGCAAUCAGGUGGAUGUAGAGAUCAAACGGAGACAGCGAGCUGAGGCUGACUGUGAGAAGCUGGAAAGACAGAUUCAGCUGAUUCGAGAGAUGCUCAUGUGUGAUACAUCUGGCAGCAUCCAACUAAGUGAAGAGCAAAAAUCAGCUCUGGCUUUUCUCAACAGAGGCCACCCAUCCAGUGGCAACGCUGGGAACAAAAGACUGUCAACCAUUGAUGAAUCUGGUUCCAUUUUAUCCGAUAUCAGCUUUGACAAGACCGAUGAAUCCCUGGAUUGGGAUUCUUCUUUGGUAAAGACUUUGAAACUGAAGAAGAGAGAAAAGAGGCGCUCGAAUAGCCGACAGUUCGUGGAUGGUCCACCUGGACCUGUAAAGAAAACGCGUUCCAUUGGCUCCACUGCAGACCAAGGAAAUGAAUCCAUAGUUGCUAAAACUACAGUGACUGUUCCCAAUGAUGGCGGGCCCAUCGAGGCUGUGUCCACUAUUGAGACCGUGCCAUAUUGGACCCGGAGCCGAAGGAAAACAGGUACUUUACAGCCUUGGAACAGUGACUCCACAUUGAGCAGCAGGCAGCCAGAGCCAAAAACCGAAACAGACGGCUCCAGCACUCCGCAGAGCAAUGGGGGGAUGCGCCUGCACGACUUCGUCUCUAAGACGGUUAUUAAACCCGAAUCUUGUGUACCAUGUGGAAAGCGAAUAAAAUUUGGCAAGCUGUCUCUGAAGUGUCGAGACUGUCGUGUGGUCUCUCAUCCAGAAUGUCGGGACCGCUGUCCGCUUCCCUGUAUUCCUACCCUGACAGGGACACCUGUCAAGAUUGGAGAAGGAAUGCUGGCAGAUUAUGUGUCCCAGACUUCUCCAAUGAUACCGUCAAUUGUUGUCCACUGUGUAAAUGAGAUUGAGCAAAGAGGACUGACUGAGACAGGCCUGUAUCGGAUCUCAGGCUGUGACCGGACAGUAAAAGAGCUAAAAGAGAAAUUCCUCAGAGUGAAAACUGUACCCCUCCUCAGCAAAGUGGAUGACAUCCAUGCUAUCUGUAGCCUCCUGAAAGACUUCCUUCGAAACCUCAAAGAACCCCUUCUGACCUUUCGGCUAAACAAGGCCUUUAUGGAUGCAGCAGAAAUCACAGAUGACGAUAACAGCAUAGCAGCCAUGUACCAGGCUGUUGGUGAGCUGCCCCAGGCCAACAGAGACACCCUAGCUUUCCUCAUGAUUCACUUGCAGAGAGUGGCUCAGAGCCCAAACACUAAAAUGGAUGUUGCCAAUCUGGCCAAAAUUUUUGGCCCUACAAUAGUUGCCCAUGCUGUACCCAAUCCAGAUCCAGUGAUAAUGUUACAGGACAUCAAGCGUCAGCCCAAGGUGGUAGAACGCCUGCUGUCACUACCCCUGGAAUACUGGAGUCAGUUCAUGAUGGUAGAACAAGAAAACAUUGACCCCAUGCAUGUCAUUGAAAACUCAAAUGCCUUCUCAACACCACAGACCCCAGAUGUUAAAGUGAGUUUACUGGGGCCUGUGACCACUCCUGAGCAUCAGCUCCUCAAGACUCCUUCAUCCAGUUCCCUGUCGCAGAGAGUCCGCUCCACCCUCACCAAGAACACUCCCAGAUUUGGGAGCAAAAGCAAGUCUGCCACCAACCUAGGACGACAAGGCAACUUUUUUGCUUCUCCAAUGCUCAAGUGAAGUCGUGCCUCCUGUUGCUUGACAGCAUUGACUGCCUGUGAGGAAGAGUGCACCUGGACUCUCUACUCUGCA